AGGAUCAUGUACUGCUGCCUCUCGGACGUUUGGCCCAUUUUCUACAGAGUCCUAGCUUCCAGAGCACUGCAUCCGCCCAGCGAGGUGUGUCUAAGCUAUCGGCGACGAAUGCUCCCCUAACGGUUGACGAGUCAAGUGGUCUUAUGGCGCAACUUCAGCUUGACACGCGGGAGCUUAAGCAGGAACAGGAGGAGGUAUCUGGUCCUGUCCGCCCGGAAACCGGUUUAGAACUGUGGCUGACUGUGCAUUCCACCGUUUCCGGUUCAGCUGCGGCAGCCGCGACUGCAACAGGGCCGACGUCCAUAAACAUUUCGAGUCAUGUUGUGUCAAAUGGAGUUCUCAAGGAUUCUGCGGGACCGGCCUCUCCUCCAAUCCGUUUACUGCCAAACCUACUGUUAAUUUCGGCCGGCUCACUGGAGGCCGCUAUCGAGAUCUUUGGACUGCCACUCUCUAGACGUCUAGGCCUGGUAUGCUUGCAUUUGCGCCCCCUUAUUCAAUGGUCAUAUUUCUGCAUAAAAUGCGCUCAGGAAACUAGUGACCAGAAGACGUUGCUUCAAAUAUAA